AUGACCUUGAGGACGCAUCAUGCAUCAGUUACUGAGAAUGACUCCGAAGUAUGCAAUUUCGUUAUUCCCGUUGCGAAAGCAGACUUACUCAAACGUGCUACUCCGAACGCUUAUGUUGUAAAUGAUGUUAUUUCCCUCAGGAACUUGAGGAGCCACUUAACAAAGUGUCAACGGGCCCUUACCAGUGAAGGUUAUGCAUAUAUCUUGCAAGAAUUCGAUGCACUAUUUAGCGUAUUACACGAAUGGCAAAAUGUUGACUCAAUAGUUAAGGAAGAAGCUUGGCAUAUUGUCUUGAAAGGAUGUGAAGUUUGUGUAUCCCAGUUAGGUUCUGUACUGGAAUCUGCAGACACUGGUCAGUUGACUUUCAGUCAAAAUGAAAUGAGUCAUCAUAGAAAUGUAUUGAAAAUGCAUACAUAUCUACUAUGUCAAUUUGUUGAUAUGUUUGAAAAUGAACUUCAUACCAGCGCUAAAUUGGUAGUAGGAACUAAUACUGGACGUGGUAAAGCAAAAAGCAGUCGUCGAGCUGAUCAUGGACCUUCUGAUUUGCACUUAUCUAUGAAUUGGUUUGUAGAAUGCGAAAAGGCAGUCACUGCUCUCGAUCAACUUUGUCGUUUGAAGCUGGAUAGACUAUGGAAUCCAUCAAUAGUUGAAGGGAGUUAUAUUAGCUUACCAGCUAAUUGCUGUUACAAAUUGCUUGAAAAUCGUGAUAUGGCUAGUAAUACUAGUAUUCGACUUGCAGUUAGCAGUUUAUUGGCUAACUUGGUUCGUCGUUAUGGUCACAAUAUAGCAUGCUCUUGUAAAAUGGCUCAACUGUUACAAUGUUUCCCCCAUAUGGUGAAUUGCCUUUUAGCUAUUGUAAAAUAUUUCACUGAGAACGAAAAAAUGACUGGUUUUGUUCGAGAUUUACUGAAGGAGAUAUGCAGCUAUAGUGGGACGGAUUUGGAGCGUGACUCAGUAGCCUCUCAAAAUUUUUCUGGCUUUUUGCUAGAGGUAGCUAAAGUUUAUCCUUCUCUUGUUCAGUCAGUCCUACCAUUACUUCGCUCUCGGCUGGAUGAAGAAUCAUAUCAGAUGCGAAAUUGUGUUCUAAGUGUGAUUGCAGAAAUUCUGCCAAUCUUUGCUAAACGUGAACACUUGAAUUCUAAUGAACGGGUUCAGCGAGAUCGGUUGAUGGAUUUAUUACAGGAACACAUUCAUGAUGUGAAUGGUUAUGUCCGUUCGAAAGCACUGCAAAUAUGGCAUAAUAUCGUUGUUCAAGGAGGUUUACCAGUUAGUCGCCAAUCAAAACUAGCUGCUUUGUUAGUUGGUAGUUUGGGUGCAAUGUUGGAUGUAUCUGCUUCAGCAAGAAAAAAUGCCUGUAAAACGCUUACAGCUAUGAUAUUGCAAUGUCCUGCUGCAAAGUUGACAUCGGAUGAAUUACAACAAGUUGUGAAUAAAGAGAAAAAGCGACUUGAGUGUUUAGAAAAAUUGCUGGCUAAAGUAGCCACACUAGAUGAAAAUGGAGUUGCUUCCGCUUAUCCUACAGAUGACGGAAUCCACGCCGAUGCAUCUAAAAAGAAAAAAAAAUCAAAAAGAAGAAAAUAUAAAAAUAGAAAUUCAAAUGAAUCCGAUGAAUUCACAGGCAAGAGAAGUAGGUCUUCAAGUCGUCGAUCAAAUAUAGAUGAAGAUAAUUCCGAUCCGGAAACUGAGGAAGAGGAGAAUGAAACUGAUAAUAAUGAUAGUGAGAAUGAUGACGAAGAAGCUAAUGAUGUAGAUAUUACACUGUAUCCUACAGCUGAAUCAGAUGCUGCUGCAGCUUUAGAAGAGGCUAUUCACUCAGCAGCUGCCGUUGCGGCUGGCAAUGUAAACCUGACUGAAGACGGUGGAGGUGAUAAUCCAUUUGGACCUUCUCCAUUGCGUUCAGCAACUGUUGCUGAGACACAGUUAAAAUCUGAAGUUGUUCGUCAACGUGCAUGUGUUGCUUAUUUGUUAGAGACAUCUGCUUUAUAUCAUAUAUUCAAUUGGCUAUUAAAGAUUUCCAGUCGAUGCUAUCCUCUAAAACAAUUCGCUAAGCAAGCAGGUAUAAAAGGUCUGGAUGAUGGCAUUCGUUUGUUAUUAUCAUUGGUAUGGUCUCAAGAAGAAUCUAUCCGAAAAGCUGUUGUGGAAGCUUGCCAAAAAUUAUAUCUACAACCAGAAGCCGAAGAAUACUAUAAACCUAAUGGUAGACUAACUGUUGGAGGUGCAGAUCUGGUUGCUACAAAUUUAAGCAAUUUUAUUCGUGGCUCAGAAAUGGGUGAUUUAGUUAGCAUAGAACGUAUUAUUCAACAGUUGAUUGCAUCGAAUCAAUUCGAUCCUACACUAAUUGAUCAUUUAUGGGAAAGAUUUAUUCAAUCAGCUAGUCAGUCGGAUAAAGAGAGUUCAGAGGAUGCAAAGUCAAUGUUAAUCAUUAUUAGAAUGAUUGUACAAUCUGAAGCUAAAGAACUUAAUCUUCAUGUUGAUAAUCUUAUUCGUUAUGGACUUGAAGCGGUCGGUUCCUGUCCCAUUGACUUGGAACGUGUUAAAUUCACAUGUGAAGUUCUUGAUCGAAUGGUUCCACCCACUAAGUGUGGUAAAUCUGAUGAUAAAUCUGCCUACCGGGAACCAUUUCGAUUUCCGACGAAUCAUAUUCUCUUCACUCGACUGAAGACAAUUCUUAUUUCAACGAUAUCUCAACCAAAUCAAGCCCUCUGGAUACCAAUGAUGGAACGAGCUGUUGGUGUCAUUUACGAACUGGCUGAAGCACCCGACUCGAUAAUGUGUCACCUGUUACGUUCGGUUGCAGAAAAAUUGGUCCAAUUCAAAUCUAUUCCUCCUCCUAGUCAGAUUAAUCCAAACGAGAAUACAGUAGAUAACAAUGAACUACCUGAUAAGCUAUUACAAAAUGAAGAACAGGAAAAUGUUCCUCCAUCUCAAGUAAAAUUAGAUCCAGAUGUCAAUUCUUUUAUUGUUAAUGUACCAGCAUUUUUACUUUCUCGAUUUUUGUCUCUUAUUGGUCAUAUCACUCUAAAACAACUUGUCUUCAUGGAGUCAUCUGUAUUAAAUGAAUUAAAACGACGUGCAUCAGUUCAGGAGGAUCGAAAUUCAAAACGAAAAACUAAGUCUCGCAAAAAUAUCAGAAAGUCAAUGGUUUCAGUGGCUUCGAUGACUGAGACCACUGUCAAUAGUUCAACAUCAGCUCAAGCAAAUGCUGAUGAUGAGUCAGGUUUAGUCGGUGUAGCAGCUGAUGAUGCAGAAGUGGACUACAUACGUCAAAUAUGCGAUCAUGAACUGCUUAAAUCUCCUGAUCUUAUCCUUCAUCCGCUGUUAAAUUUUGUCACCUACAUCUGUUCACAACCAUCCAGAUUCGCAGAUGAAACUGUACAGGCGUCAGCUAGUCUUGCAAUGGCCAAAAUGAUGCUUGUCAAUGCUGAAGUUUGUGAACCUCGUCUUCAGCUGUUAUUCACUAUGGCUGAACGAAGUAGAUCAGAAAUAGUGAGAGCUAAUCUCAUUGUAGCUUUGGGUGAUCUGUGUCGUCGAUUUCCAAAUCUAAUAGAACCAUGGACACCAAAUUUAUACGCACGUUUACGUGAUUCAUCUGCGAAAGUUCGUACCAAUGCCCUCAAUACCUUGAGCCAUCUGAUUCUAAAUGAUAUGGUGAAGGUUAAAGGUCAAAUUAGUGAAAUGACUGUUUGUUUAGUAGAUGAAGUUGAUCGACUGAAUACUUUAGCACGUCGAUUUUUCCGUGAAUUAUCAGAGAAAGGAAAUUCUCUUUAUAAUGUUGUACCAGAUAUUAUCAGUCGGUUAAGUGAUCCUAAUGUCGGUGUGUCGGAGGAUCAUUUCCAUUCGAUUAUGGAGUUUCUCAUUGCUUUAAUUGUGAAAGAGCGUUUAUGUGAAACAUUAGUGGAGAAAUUAUGUGCAAGGUUUCGUACAACUAGUCUGGAACGACAAUGGAGAGAUUUGGCUUUUUGUUUGAAUGCAAUGCCGUUUACCGAACGAAUGAUGAAAGUAUUACAUGAAAAUCUACCAGCUUUUGCAGAUAAAUUAUGCAUUACAGAAGUGUAUUCUGCGUUCCAGUCUAUAAUAUGUACUAUGAAGAAAUCGACAAAACCCGAUGGCAUGGCUAGACUGGAAGAAUUUGAAACUAAAGUGAAAGAGUUCCAUGAGAAGGGUGUUGCUGAUGAGGCUGCAGUUCGACGAGCAGAAGUUGCUGCCAAAGUACUUCAAAAAAAUGCACGUCGUAAUCGUUUAUCUCCUAAGUCAGGAACAACUGGAAAUAGUGAACGUACACGUAGAAAUUUACGACGUACUACGAUCGGCCGACCAGUUAAUGAGCAUAGUGACGAUGAUUAUGAAGAUGACUUCGAGAGAACUUCGAAACCGACCAGUACUCGUGAAAGAAAUACUCGCAUCACUCGUACCCGAGCUCGUGCUAAAUUAGUUUUCAGUUCAGAUGAAGAAGCGUCUAAUAGCGAAUAAGGGAAUUGUAG